UAAGUUUUAGUAUCGUUGAAUUAAUUAUUCACAUUGAUUUCUGUUACUAUGUAAGAUUGCAUAAUUAACUUUGAUACAAUUGUAAUUAAAAAAGUGUGAACUCAUUCUAUGUUAGUUUUCAUGGCGCAGUUUUACAGGUCACAAAUAUGCCUUUAAAAGGUAUAAAUGUAUUAGAAUUAGCUGGGCUAGCACCAGGCCCUUUUUGUGGAAUGAUAUUAGCCCAAUUUGGUGCAUCUGUAAUCAGAGUGGACAAGACUUAUGGAUCUUAUAAUGCCAUUGAUUGUCUGGGUCAUGGAAAAAGAUCAAUUGCGUUAAAUUUAAAAGUUUAUGAAGGUUCUAAUAUAUUUAGGAAAUUGAUCAAUCAAAGUGAUGUGCUUAUAGAUCCUUAUAGACCUGGACCAGAAGAACUUAUGGGAAUAAACAAGAGGUUGAUAUAUGCCAGGUUGACAGGAUUUGGGCAUAAUGGACCUUAUGCUAAUAUGGCUGGACAUGAUAUAAAUUAUUUAGCUUUAUCUGGUUUAUUAUCAUUAUUUGGACGUCACAAUCAGAAACCAACACCACCAGUCAAUUUAGUAGCUGAUUUUGCUGGUGGUGGAUUAAUGUGUGCUUUUGGUAUAAUACUAGCAUUAUUUGAACGUAGCAAGAGUGGUAUUGGUCAAGUGAUUGAUGCAUCAAUGGUAGAUGGAUCUGCAUAUCUAGGCAGUUGGUUCUUUAGAUCUCAAAAUGUGCCUGGAUUAUGGGGAAAUCCUCGUGGUAAAAAUAUAUUAGAUUCUGGAACACACUUUUAUGAUACUUAUGAAACAAAAGAUAAACAAUAUAUGUGCGUUGGAGCAAUUGAACCUAAGUUUUAUGAGAUAUUUUUAGAGAAACUUGGAAUUUCAUCUCAUGAAAUGCCACAAUUUGAGAAUUUUGAAGAAAGCCGUGAAAAAUUAGAAAAGAUAUUCAAACAAAAGACUCAAGCAGAAUGGUGUGCCAUAUUUGAUGGUACAGAUGCUUGCGUAACACCCGUUCUAAAUUUAAAAGAUGUUGCAUCACAUGCACACAAUAAGGAAAGAAAUAUAUUUAAGACUGGAGACAAUGGUUUGGUAACUCCAAAUCCUGCUCCACGUUUAUCUCGUACUCCUGGAAUAUCUAAAAAACAUGAAAGAAAUGCUAAAUUGGGUGAGCACACUACAGAAAUUCUUACUGAAUUAGAUUUUAAACCAGAAGAAAUUGUUAAUUUAAUAGCAAAUGGAAUUGUUAAUCAAGGAAUGAAACAUUCUAAACUUUAACACGUUGACGCCGGCGUGCGCCAUCGGCGGGUCACACGUGUCUGUCACGAGGGGCUGCGAUGGGUCACACAUGUAUUUCACAAUAUAGGUAGUGAUUCAGCAUUGCCCCACGAAGCAGAUAGUGAAUUCGUGCACCGGCGUCAAUGUGUUAAGCAUGUAAUUUAUUUUCAUUAAAAUGUUUACAUAUAUUUGUUAAUUCAUGUAAUAAUAUAAGAAAGGUUGUUAGUGUCCUAAAAAGCGAAAAGCUAGCAGUUUAUAUUAAAGAUUACUAAUUACUCUAUUUAAUGACAAUCAAAACUAUCAAUAAUCAUAUUUUUAUAUUUUUUUAAUGCAACUUAUUGUCAUCAAGAAAAUAAAGUAUCGAUACUAAUGAUAAUUUGUGCAACAUGACUUUGGUAUCUUUUAUUGUUUCUGUCAGAAUUUACAGAAAAUAAUAUCAAAAUAAAUAUUAUUCCUAUGACGUAUAUUUUGUGCAUGUUUCAUUUCUUAUGCAUGGACAUGGCUGUCCCUGUUAACUCUUGAAGGUCGACACGAACAACGUGCUCUGAAUAAUUGUAUGUUCUUCAGGCACAGUGUAUGUAUAUUUAUGGGGAAGAAACGAAAAAUUGCACUUUCAUUGUUUAACGAUAUACAAUUAAACUUUAAUACACUUAAAUAAGCUGAUACACUAUAAGAGUUACGCACGUGAUUAUGCCCCUAUUUGAGGAUUGAAUGUUUAUAGUUGAAAGUUUACAGUGUAUCUUGCUUGUAUAAAUGUUUGAGAACGUUUGACUUCUACAAAAAUUG